AUGGGAAGAUUAUCAACAUGCGUUGCCAUAAUUUUCGGAUGUGCGUUGGCAGCAUAUGCCCAGCUUCCUCCGAUGCUUGAACAACUGAUGGCAAAUCCGACUAUGGCGAUGGCUAUGAUGAAUGGAGGAGGACAAGGGUCUGGACCGGUUAACCCUCUUUUGAUGUCUGCCAUGAUGAAUCCAACAUCUAGUGGGGAACGGUCGUCAUCCUUCAACGAUAUGGCAAUGAUGAACAUGAUGAUGAACGGAGCAUCAGGGACUGGCAGCAUGUUUGACCAAUCACAGUCAUCAAACGGUUUAAAUAACACUUCCGCCGGAAGGGGGAUGCAGAUGCCUCCGGCGCCAGUCAGUAGAGGUCCCAAUAUAAAUGAUAUCAUGUCCAUGAUGAUGCUUUCCAAUUCAGGAGGCUCCCCAAGCUCUGAUACACUACAGAGGAUCGGGGUUAUGGGUGCGUUGGGGCGAGGUAAUACCAGGGUUCUUAACCCAAACCUUUCUCCAAAUCAGUUGAUGGACUUGACAAGAGACGGAGUUGGAGUAAGCGCCGUUCUGGCUAGGCAGAUAUGUCCACCACAGAGAUGUCCAUUCCGUGUUCCUUGUGAAAGUCCAAUAAUAACAUACAAACCAGAGACUUUCUUUGUAUGUCCAGAUUGUCCAAAAUGUCCGUUUCAAAUUAUGAUGGGAGCAAUGAAUCCGAACUUCAAUUCCAUGGGCUCCACAGGUAGGCGCCCAACAAUGAGAAGGAACCUGAGGAGCCGUCAGAGGACGGGAGCGCCAGUGCCUAUGCGUGCAUUCCAAAUAGGAACAGGAAAUUCAACAAGAACUGCAUAA